CGAGCUGUCUGUCUGCUGCCAGGGGCGGACAUGUUGGGGCGGCCUGCUGGAGGACAGUACAACACAUAUUUCUGAAUUUACCCGAGAAAGCGACCGCGGAGCAGAGACGGGACGCCAUGGACGCCGUCAACGCGUUUAAUCACGAGUUGUUCUCCUUAAUGGACACCAAGCCCCCCAUCUCGAGGGCCAAGAUGAUCUCUAUCACCAAAUCUGCCAUAAAAGCCAUUAAAUUAUACAAGCAUGUUGUCCAGAUAGUGGAAAAGUUCAUAAAGAAGUGCAAACCGGAGUACAAAGUUCCAGGUCUCUAUGUGGUGGAUUCCAUCGUGAGACAGUCACGGCAUCAGUUUGGAGCAGAUAAAGAUGUGUUUGGACCCAGGUUCACUAAAAACAUCACAGGGACAUUUGAGAAUCUAUGCUUGUGUCCCACAGAAGAUCGGAGUAAGAUAGUACGUGUGUUGAACCUGUGGCAGAAGAAUGGAGUGUUUAAGAUCGAGGUCAUUCAGCCUCUGUUGGACAUGGCUGCUGGAUCCAGCAGCUCCUCAGGCUUAGACAAUGGCCCAGAUGCAGCUUCUCCACAGUCUCCCGUGAGGGAACAGGAGGCUCAUCCUGUGGUGGCAACAAACUCCAUCGUAGCAGCUGUGCCUCAGCUUCAGAACUCAGAUGCCUUUGCUGCAGUUGCUCAGCUGAUUCAGUCUUCUCAAGGACAGCAGCUUCAACAGAUGCUGCAGAACUUUCAGCCACCAGGGAAACCUCAGUCUCCAGCGGUGGACAAUAACAGGAGUCAUCUCCAUCUACAAGCCCAGGCUAUAGCACCCCCAUCCACCGUCCCACAUCAGCACAUCCAUCACGCACCACAGACUGUGGAAAAGAAAGCCACCUUCGACAAGACACUUCUGGACCGCUUUGACUAUGACGAUGAGCCAGAUGCUGGAGAGGAUGCCAAGAAGGAGGAAGCGCAGUCUGUCCAACCUGCUAUGGGCUUUCCUGAGCAAACUGUCCCAGGAUUUCCUUCAGCCAAUCAGAUGCAGCACUUUCAACAGCAUAUGAUGGCUGUAUCACAACGCCAACAGGUUGUUCUACCUUCAAAUGGACAGGUUCAAGGCUUUGGUCUAAUGACUUCUCAGCCGUAUCCAGGCAUGAUGCCUCCAAUGGGGCAGCCAAACGCAGCUUUCCCUCCUCAAAAUGACACCUUCAAUCAACUCAUGUCUGCACAUGCGGAAAGUCUGAUGAAUUCAGAUGCAUCCGCAAGGUCUGCCCAUGAAGACAAGAGGUCUAGAUCACGCUCGGGGUCAAGGUCUCCUAAAAGAAGAAGAUCUCGAUCCAAUUCUCGGUCCAGACGAAUGAGGCAUCGACGAUCUCGCUCUCGGUCUCGAGAACGGCGGCGUCAGUCGCCUCGCUCGCGCUCUCAGGAAAGGAGAGACAGAGAAAAGGAAAGAGAACGAAGACAGAAAGGCCUCCCUCCUGUUAAGAAUAACACUCUCAGUGUGUGCAGCACAACACUAUGGGUGGGUCAGCUGGAUAAGAGGACACAGCAGCAGGACGUGGCCUCUAUACUAGAGGAGUUUGGCCAGAUAGAUUCAAUUAAUAUGAUUCCUCCACGAGGUUGUGCCUACAUUGUCAUGAUUCAUCGUCAGGAUGCCUAUCGAGCCCUGCAGAAACUAAGCAGAGGUCCAUACAAAGUCAACCAGAAAGCCAUUAAGAUUGCCUGGGCUCUAAAUAAGGGCAUUAAGGCUGAAUUCAAGCAGUAUUGGGAUGUGGAAUUGGGUGUUAGCUAUGUUCCAUGGUCCAAGGUAAAGAUGGAGGACCUGGACGUAUUCAGAGAAGGAGGGAUGCUGGACUCUGACACUCUUGCGCCAGAAUGGCGAAACUCUCAGAUUGAACAGAAGGGUGAUGAGUCUCAGAACGGCCGGCCAGAGGUGGGAAAAGUGGAAGAGACCCAAACUGUCAUACCUAUGCAGGUACCUCCUGUCCAGCCAAUAGGAGCAGUCGGUGUCCCACCUCCAGGAUUCCCAGCACACAUGAACAUCCCACCACCCUCAUUUCCACCUGGUGUUCCUCCACCCCCGAGUCCCUUCAUGCGGCCAGCCUUUAACCCUAUGCAGAUGCCACCAGGAUUUCUCCCACCGGGUGCCAUGCCUCAUAUGGGUGCUGCUGGCCCUCCUCCACCUACAGCUGGGAUCGGGAUGCCCCCAGUUGGCAGCUCGGUUGAAAACCUGUCGAAUGAUUCAGCAGGUCUGGGCCCAAAAAUCAGCACUGAUGGAACAGAUGUGUUCAACUCAGGAAACCAGGUGCCUCCUGGAGCUCCACCAGGGAUGGGCAUGCAGUCUCCUCCUGGUCUUCUAGGCACAAGGCCAGGUAUGAUGCCUCUUCAGCGACCCCCAGGGAUGCCACCCCCGCACAUGCAGCGAUUCCCCAUUCCCCCACCCCGGGCUGGCAUGCCACCCAUGCCACCACAGUUGAUGCCACCCAGGGGUCCACCUCAGAUGAUGCACCGCGAACCUCCACCGGGUGGUUUCAGCAUGCCUCCUCCACCUCAUGGCAUCCGGGGCCCUUUCCCACCUCCCGGACCUCACUUUAUGAGGCCGAGCAUACCUAGGCCUGAAGGGCCAAAUGAUCAUGAGGCACGACCUUUUAGAGGAGAACGUCCCGGAUUAGGAAGAGGCAGAGAACAGGACUGGUUUGGAGGACGACGGCCUUUCGGUGAGGGACGUGGUGGGGAAAGACCAGAUGGACGUGAGCGGUUUGGAGGCUGGCACGAGGAGCCGGAAAAACAAGGUGGGUGGGAAAGAGAACGCAGGGAGGAACGCUGGAGGAGAAGUCCAGACGGAGAACGGGAACGAGGACGCGAUGGUGGAGAGCGGGAACGAGGGCGCGAUGGGGGAGAGCGGGAACGAGGACGCGAUGGUGGAGAGCGGGAACGAGGACGCGAUGGUGAAGAACGGACCAGACGCUCCGCAGGGAGCAGAGAGAGGAGCACACGCUGGGACCGGGACGAUAGACUCGAUCGAUUGGGUCUGGCCAGCGAGGAACCCAACGAGAGACUCGCAGCGAAUACCAACGAGCCCAGUGCAAACCCUACUAAAGAACUUGCUGAAGCCAAGCCAGAUGUUCCAGCACCUUCUGCUGCAGCUACAGCAGACUCAAAAGCUUCAGAACCCAUAGCAGAGAACAAAUCUGAAGAACAAACACAAAAAGAGAAGUCGUAGAGGCUUCUUUAUUCACCAAGACCACAUGAGCUUCUCCUGUGUCAGUGCUAAUCUUGAAUACUGCUGGCUAAAAGCAAAGUCCAACUGUUGUGGGACGCUUUAUGCAUAUGAGAAUUGCUUCGUCAUCACAAACCAAGUUUUUCAGACUUGUCUUUUGGCAAACGUGGAGCGUUGCCUUGUGAAUUUAUUGUUCCACCUCAAUGAAGCUUGAAUGUUGUAUUAAAACUGAAGAUAAGGAAAAGAAACGAUUAAUUGUUUGCUGUACAUAUGCUAACAUUACUCCAAUAAUGUUUGUAGAUUUUGACUGGCUUUUUUUUUUUCAAUGAUAUCCCUGUUGAGUUUCAAUAUUUGGAAACGCUGACUAAAAUAAGAUAUUAAGACCCUUUUGCUGUAAUGUUUUUAACUUAAUGUUUACAACAUUCAAAAAAAAAAAAAAAACGACACAAGAUGUUUUUAUCAUUUUUAAGUUUUUGGAGAUAGGAACUCCAAAUAUUUCAGCGAUAGGAGGUGGUUUUAAUAAAAUAUUUUCAUACCAAAUGAAUGAACUGGUUUAUGCAAGUUGUUUUUGACAUUUAUUCUAGUGUAGUAUUUGUGCCAACUA